GGUCAUCAAUAAAACUGUUCCAUUCACAUUUUAAGGCUCUUGCACUUCGCACACUACGCGGCGGAGCGUAAUUUUUUUUUACGGCUACUUUAAUUUUUCUGAGUUCGGUUAUAUAUCGCCAUGUCCUCCGGUGAUGUGUCGGAGCAGAGUCGGCGGUUCUGUGUUUUGUCUUGGGAACAGGUGCAACGGUUGGACUCUAUUCUUGGAGAGACUGUACCCAUCCAUGGACGUGGAAACUUCCCGACGCUUUCUGUUCAGCCCCGACAAAUUGUGCAGGUUGUACGAGCACGGCUUGAGGAGAGGGGAGUUUCUGUACGGGACGUGAGGCUGAAUGGCUCUGCUGCCAGUCAUGUUCUGCAUCAGGACACAGGCCUUGGCUACAAGGACCUGGACCUGAUCUUUAGGGUGUCACUUUCAGAUGACCAGGCCUUUCAUUUAGUCAAGGACGUGGUUCUGGACAGCCUGCUGGACUUCCUCCCCGAAGGGGUUAGCAAAGAUCGCAUCUCCGCGCUGACGCUCAAGGAGGCCUAUGUGCAGAAGCUAGUGAAGGUCUGCAACGACACAGACCGCUGGAGCCUCAUCUCUCUCUCCAACAACACUGGCAAGAAUGUUGAGCUAAAGUUCGUGGACUCUCUGAGACGGCAGUUUGAGUUCAGUGUGGACUCCUUCCAGAUCAGUCUGGAUUCACUGCUGCUCUUUGACCGGUGUUCAGAGACGCCCAUGUCAGAGAGCUUUCACCCAACUGUGCUGGGAGAGAGUAUGUAUGGGGACUUUGAGGAGGCUCUAAGCCACCUGUGUCAGAAGGUCAUCGCUACGCGCAGCCCCGAGGAAAUCCGGGGCGGGGGUCUGUUAAAAUACUGCCACCUACUCGUGCGGGGGUUUAGGCCGGCCUCGGAAGCGGAGAUGAAGUCGCUGCAGCGCUACAUGUGCUCGCGGUUCUUCAUCGACUUUCCGGACAUUGGCGAACAGCAGCGUAAACUGGAAGCUUACCUGCAGAACCACUUCGCCGGGAUGGAGCACAAGCGUUAUGACUGCCUGGUCACCCUACACCACGUGGUUAACGAGAGCACCGUUUGCCUGAUGGGACACGAGCGACGACAGACUCUCAACCUCAUCUCCAUGCUGGCGCUGCGUGUGCUGGCCGAGCAGAACGCCAUCCCCACUGUUACCAACGUCACGUGCUACUACCAGCCUGCCCCCUACGUGCGGGACAUCAACUUCAACAACUACUACAUAGCACACGUGCAACCCCUUGUGACCACGUGUACUAACUCUUAUCAGACUUGGCUGCCCUGUAAUUGACCUGAGGAGCAGAAAUGCUGAAACAAACAAAAAAAAAAAAAAAACUAAAACGAAAAAAAAAAAAAACCCGCAAAAAACAAAAUGGCGUCCGUACCGUCCACCUUCUCACGGCGGAGAAGCGCAAGUGGAUGGGUUCUGCGAUGAUGGAGAGCGUCAGCUCCAUGAAAAUGAACACAAAAGACAGCAAACGUUUAAAACGAUGGGGAAAAAUGGAAUACAUUUUUUGCCAAAUGUGAUCCUACACUGCUGUAUGUCUGAUUUGAGCCGAAUCCAAUCUGUAUUCCGUUGUGUUCUCUUCAGAUUUCUCCUGUCUUUUGCAGAAUGGAUGUUGGACUCUUGGUCCUUUUUGGAUGUAGCAAGGAUAUUGACAUGGGUUUGCAGCUUUGCUUUUUUUCCCCCCCCUUUACAUCAGUAUAACUUAACAAAUCUUGCAGAGGUUAUAUAAGUUAAGUUAAAAAAGAAAAAAAGCUGCGUUUUUGAGUGAUGUUAAGAAGCUAAAUAUAUUUUUGCGAGACUGUGGUUUUGAUCAACCUCUCUCUUUUUGUUUUUUUUGUUUUUUUUCUUUAAAA